CUUAUUAGCAGAUAAUCUCAUCUCACCGGCGUCUUAUUGUCGCCAGGGGAGUCUGGCAUUUCGCCCCUUGUCCGAUAUGGUCUCACUGCGCACACACUCAUUGAAAUUGGAAAAUUGAAAAUGGAAAAGCAUCGCUUACCGCUCCCAGAAUUGCACGACGAUAAACACAGGCACAAGCAGCAAAUACAGACCCAAGCCAGCAAGCACAAUGGCGAGAACAGCAACCGCUUCCGGCCGCCGAAGAACAAGCGUUACAGGUGCUUCCUACCGGCAGACAACAACAAUCUAAACCGCAGCCAGUCGCUGGGAUCCUGCAGCGCCAACAGUUCACAGAUCGCCCACGCCAUCUCCUUCCGGGGCCCGGAGUGUCCCGAUGCCAGCAUUCUGCCAUCCUCGCCCGCAUCCGCCGAUUGGAGUGACCGAAGCCACUUUGAGCAGUGCUUCCAGCGGCUGGCCAAGCUGGGCGAAGGCUCCUUCGGCGAAGUCUUCCAGGUGCGCGAUCGUUCCGAUGGCCGACUGUACGCCGUAAAGAUCUCCAAACAACUGUUCCGCGGCGAACAGUACAGGGCCGAGCGGCUGGAGGAGGUUCGCCGCUACGAGGAGUUCUCCGGUCACGAGAACUGUAUCCGCUUCAUUCGCGCCUGGGAACAGUACGACCGGCUUUUCAUGCAAAUGGAACUGUGCCGCGAGAGUCUGGAGCAGUAUCUGCUGCGUUGCCAGCGGAUACCCGAGGAGCGUAUCUGGCACAUCCUGCUGGACCUGCUACGUGGCUUGAAGUCUCUGCACGACCGUAAUCUCAUUCACCUGGACAUUAAGCUGGAUAAUGUGCUGAUUGGCGAGGAUGACGAGACCUGUAAACUGGCAGACUUUGGGCUGGUCUUUGAUUUGGACAGGUCCAACAGCCGGCAUGCCACCGAAGGUGACUCUCGCUACAUGGCGCCGGAGAUCCUGCAGGGCCACUUCUCCAAGGCGGCGGAUAUCUUUAGUUUGGGCAUUGCAAUGCUGGAGCUGGCCUGCUACAUGGAUCUGCCAGCCAAUGGGCCGCUGUGGCACGAAUUGCGGCAGGGCAUCCUGCCCGAGGAGUUCAUUAACAAGAUAUCCUUGGAACUGCAGACAGUGAUCAAGUCCAUGAUGAUGCCGGAUCCAAUGCAGAGGCCCACGGCAGAUCAACUGCUCUUGCAUCCCAGGCUGCAGCGCAUGCAGCAGAAGCGCCAGUCUUUGAUGACCCUUGGUCAGCUGUCUCGAAGUAUUCGUCGAUCCCGUCGAAAGGUCUGGGGUAAAAUGUGCAAUUGGAAGACCACUGCCUUCCGUUAUCUCUUCUACUUUUUGGAGGUCCUGCAUCUGUACAAGCCCAUCGCCCCGCCGAAACCCAGUAUCAAUAUAGCCCCGUCUUCGCCAACGCCCACAUCAAAGCCAAGAGUCCCCCCAGGUGAACUUACGCUGGUGGGCUCCACGCCCAUUGCCAAUCGCGAUUGCUUUGCCUCGCAUUUCCUAUCCGGCGAGGACCCCCUCGAGCUGUCCCAGCACGGCACCCCGUCAGCCAUCAACUCCACGCCGUUGAACCACAACAAAUCCCGACUCGAAUUGCAAAAGAAGAAUAUGGAUUCACUGGACAAGAGUGUCCAAAUGGCGGACUUUGAGAGUCCGACUUUCCGCCCGUCGUCGCCCAAGAUUCUGGACACCUCCUCCUUCCGCCGCAAGAAACUAUUUGCGUUGGACUACGAUGAUGAGUGAACGAAAGCAUCGCGAGAUGGAACAAUAUAUCAGUUACGGAACAAAUACCAGAUACAUAUGGCAACCGAAUAUAUCGUUAUAAAUAUAGUUUAGAUAUAGACGUUAGCGUUGUACGAAGUUCCCCUAGAAAUAGUCUUACAAUUGUGUAAUGUUAAUGCUUCUUUAGAAGAACUUGUUGAACUUGAACUUAUAAUCAUGUGAUAUAUAUACGAAAUGCGAUUUGAAAUGUUAAAAAUCAUAGAAUACAGGUAAUUGAAAUUACAUUUCAUUUGAUUAUUGUUUGGAAUAUACUAAAUAUUACAAAUAUAUUACAAAAAUAUAAUAUAAAAAU